AGCCAUAAUUCGAGCCAUGAGUUGUACAGUCAAUAUUGAAUGAAGAUUGAAUUCAAUUCGGGAUUCAACUCAAGAAAUUCAUUCAAAAGAGCCGAAAAAAUGGAUUCAAUAGCGGUUUUUGUGCUGGUCGCAUUGUCAGUCGCUGUAAACGCUGAAACUGAUUACUGUAGCAGAGAACUAACAUGUGGAAAUGACAAAAAUAUUAUGUGCAACGCUCAACAGACAUUUGGUCCACUGUGUGAUAAAGCGUCAUCUGUUUCGAUUGAUGACGAAAUUAGAAAUCAGUUCUUGAAAGGACACAAUGAACGACGGAGCUUUGUUGCUCAAGGUAAACUGGGUGGUUUUUUUAAGCCAGCUGUUAGAAUGGCAACCAUUACUUGGGAUGCCGAAUUGGAAAGAAUGGCCCUUCAAAAUGUGCUCCAGUGUGAAAUGAAGCACGAUCAAUGCCGUCGAACAAAGCAUUUUGUGUAUGCUGGUCAAAAUCUGGCCAGUGGGUGUCAAAGCCCGACAUAUGGUGAUCUUCACGCUGCCAUUGAAGGUACUAUGAAGAGUUGGUACGACGAGUAUUCCAAUCUACCGGCUCAAUGGUUGAAUUCGUAUGGCAAUGGUCCACAGCCUCAAGGACAAGUAGGCCAUUUCACUCAAGUGGUCCGUGAUAAAGCCUUCGCCAUGGGUUGUGCCAUAGUCAAGAGCAUUUCACACGAUGGUGGAUUAUGGAACUGCUAUUAUAUCGCCUGUAAUUAUGCAACAACCAAUAUGAUUGGUGCACCCGUCUAUGAAAUUGGAGAAAUGGGCAAAAAAUGCCGCAGUGGAAUGAAUUCUAAUUAUCCGGGACUUUGUUCAGAACGUGAGGACUAUUACGACGAUAAAGUACUAUUCCAUUGACAUAAACGGACAAUUCUAACGAUUUUCAUCGAAUAGAAAUUAAAUAAAAAUCAUUUGAUAAAUGCCAAUUGAUCAAGAUGCAAUUUUUUCCAUAAGAAC